UGUGGCGCAGUGGCGCGCUGGCUCCAGUCCUCCGGUAUCCCGUCAGCAUGAAGACAGACAGAAGCGCGUAGAUCAGAGCCGCACAUGCUUUCUCUCAGCUACUACUUUAACUAACUCACACUUAGCCAAGAUGGCGGAUUCCGACGACUGGGACGCUGACAACUUCGAGCCGAGUGAGGCGAUACAAAAUGCCGCCGGGAGGCUGGAUAGAUGGGAAGGCGAAGACGAGGAGGAAGACGUGAAGGAUAACUGGGAUGAUGACGAUGAAGAGGAGAAGGAGGAAGAAGAGGAGGAGAAAGUUGAACAGAAAAAAGCAGAGGUGAAACCGUCUGAGAAGAAAAAAUUAACUGAUAAAAUAAAAGAGAAAGAAAUUUUGCAAAAGAAAAAACAAGAUGAGAUGAUGGAAACAGCAAAAAGUGAGAAUCUGUCACCAGAGGAGCAGAAUGCAGAGAAGCUUCGACUGAAGAAACUGCAGGAGGAGGCAGACAUGGAAUUGGCCCGUGAGGCAUUUGGUGUCGAUCCUGCUGCUGCAAACGCCUCUACUACUGUUAUCACAACAAACAAUGCCUCUGGAAUUGAAGCCAUGUGCCCUUCAUCCAAAGAUGACUUUGUUGCAUUUGAAAAAUUACUGAAAGAUAAAAUAACACAGUUUGAAAAAUCAGUGCAUUAUUCCAGCUUUUUGGAUUCACUGUUUCGAGAACUUUGCAUUUCAUUGGAAGUAGAUGACCUGAAAAAAAUAAGUAAUUCUUUGUCUGCUCUUCUCAGUGAAAAACAGAGGCAAGAAAAGGAAAAGAAGGCAAAUAAGAAAAAGAAGAAAGGUGUAGUCCCUGGUGGUGGAUUAAAAGCAAACAUGAAAGAUGACUUUGGUGAUUAUGGUGGUUUUGACGAUGGCUAUGGCAAUGAAUAUGAUGACUUCAUGUGACGAAGGUUCAUCGUCCCCCUUCCCAUUCCCUCUGUGCCGAGAUGCCCUUGCAGACAUGCAACAUUACCCUUUCAUGCUUCUCAGUGCCAUCUUGGACACUGAACAAUGUGUCAACCCUUUACUUGGUUCCAGUGGUGACAGACUCCUCAUAAAGCUGCUAUCAGCCCAUUGCACCUCAGCGGCAAAUGGGGGAAAAGUAAAUUUAUUCAGAUGGCCUUGAAUUCUCAUUUUUAUUUCGAAAACAGACUAUGAUAUGGGAUUUUUGAUGGAGGCGUUUUCUCUGAUUGGCUUAAAUAAGCAUUUCAAUGCCUUAUAGAAAACUUUGCAGACAAUAUCUUUUUUGUUUUCCUUGAAAGUGACUUAUGUUUUUAAAGCUGUGCAAUUUCAAUUACACAGAAGUAAAUGUGAUGCUCUAUGCAAAUUAAUUUCUUCCAAGAAUGUCCUUAUUGAAAGUAUGGUUGUACUUUUCUUGCAUAUUUAUGCACUAUUGGAAACCGUUUUCCAAAUGUGAACCAUCCACCAUUUGAAAUAAUAGGAAUUUAUCAGUGAUUUGAGUCAACACUACAUAAUGAACAGGGGGCUACAUAAAAGAAUGGAAACAAUGAAAGCAAAACAAAACUGAAUUCAAGCAUUGUCCAGAAUCUCUUGACAUUGCCUUCCUAUGAAUGCAGAACAGACUACCUAUGGUGCAGUUGUUUAUCCGCCAAAGUAUAAUUUAAAUUAUCUCAGUAUUGCUGCACAUUUGGAUAAUUAAUGAUAUUCAAUAGUGUUGGUCCUAUGACAGUAUAUGAUCAGUUGAAGAAUAUGUAUAUGAUCAUCGCUAGUGGAAGCAACAAAUCCAUGGGGUUUUCUGCUUUAUUUGAUCCAUUGUCACUAUACAGUAAGUUUAUAAAGGCAUGAAUGAAUUAAAAUGAAAUGCAAAUUUGUUAUUGGCAGCAAAACAUUUAUAAAAAAAACUUGGAGGAUUUUCUCAUACGUUGUUAAAAUUGGGCCAUGAUAACACAAAGGCAUUGUUUUGUUUUUUUUAAAUCUCUAAUUUAAUAAAAUCAUUGGACUAAA